AUGGGAAGCGUGCUAGAUAAGAAUUCUUCGAGCGUGAGGAAGCGCAUCGAGAGCCACACCUUUGAAAAUGAAGAGGGUGAAGAAUACGGAGGGAGCGAGUUCAAUGGCUUUGGGGACUACUUUCGCCGCAAAAAGCUCAAGCUCCAGAACAGGGACGCGAAUCUGCGAGCAACGUCGGACAAGCCGCAGAUAUUUAAGGGUAUCGUCGCGCAUGUUACUGGCUAUACGCAACCUCCUCUGCAUGUUCUUCAUCGCGAUAUUGUACAGCAUGGCGGCGGAUUUUUGCAAUACCUUGAUUCAAAGACUAUGGCUACACAUAUAAUCGCGUCCACGCUGCCACCGAAGAAAAGCGUCGACUACAGUCGCUAUCGCAUUGUGAAGCCGACAUGGAUCACCGAAUCCAUCAAAGCCGGCAAGUUGCUGCCCUGGGGUGAUUAUCGCGUGCUUGACGAGGGACCUCGCCAAAAGGUUCUCAAGUUUGACGGCUCCAAGGGCCUAUCGCAGGCCAGCCCGACGGUCAGACAAGGCUACCGGGAACAGACGGAGAACAGCUUCUACACCUCUCAGCUACGAGCCUCAGGUCCUGCCGCCCAAGGCUGGAGCCAAGCGGUUGAGCAGCUGCAGACACCAAGCCACUCCGUGUCGAGCGAUGACAAGUCCACCGAGAGGGACGUGUCGAGUAUUGUGAAAUCAGACAAUUAUGCAACCCCAUCAACGGCGGUGGCCAUGGCUGAUUUGCCGGAAUUCACUCCAGAGAUAGAUACGCCGACAAAAAUAAUCCUUCCGCAGCGAGAUUCAUCUACCGCGCUGAAGCAACCGCCCAAAGAAUUCUCCACGGACAUGACUCCAGAGGAGCAUAACGCGUGGCUCCUGUCAGAUCCCCGCCUGCGUGAAUCAUCUUGCGCAAACCCAAACUUCUUGACCAAAUUUUACGCCGAAAGUCGAUUACACCAUCUUUCAACCUGGAAGGCCGAGCUCAAGUCGUCCAUGCAGCGCCUUGCGGGCCAAAAAGGUCUCUCAGAAAAAAAGUUCAAGACACGGCCGGGAGCUAGGCGCUACAUCAUGCACGUCGACUUUGAUAGCUUCUUCUGUGCCGUUUCGUUGAAGAAGUUUCCAGAAUACAUUGACAAGCCAGCUGCCGUUGCACAUGGCGCGGGAAACGGCUCUGAAAUUGCAAGUUGCAACUAUCCUGCCAGAAGCUUCAGCGUGAAGAAUGGCAUGUGGAUGAAGCGCGCAAUGGAGCUGUGUCCCGAUCUCAAAGUUUUGCCGUACGACUUUCCAGCAUAUGAAGCCGCGAGUAGGGCUUUCUAUGAGGCAAUCAUGACUAUCGGUGGAGUGGUGCAAAGUGUUAGCAUUGAUGAAGCUCUUAUUGAUGCGACGGCUAUUGUGCAUCAUGCCGCUGGCUCGCAAGGUGUCGGGGUGGAAGAGGGCAGUGUUUGGAGAGAGCAAGAAAAGGUUGAAGCUCUAGCCGCUGAUCUACGGCAAAGGAUCAAGGAGCUGACAGGAUGCAAUGUGUCGGUGGGCAUUGGUGGGAAUAUCUUGCAAGCGAAAGUGGCCCUUCGAAAAGCCAAACCAGCAGGGCAGUACCAGUUGAAGCCCGAGGAGGUGCUCGAUUACAUCGGUGAGCUCAAAGUUGAGCAACUGCCAGGUGUGUCCUACAGCAUCGGAGGUAAACUCGAGGAGUUGGGCAUAAGACUUGUCAAAGACUUGCGCGAUCUUUCUAAAGAAAAGCUCACGUCUGUCCUCGGUCCCAAAACUGGCGAGAAGCUUGCCGAGUACGCCCGCGGCGUUGAUAGAACCGAAGUAGGUGGGCAGCCACCUCGGAAGUCAGUGUCGGCUGAAGUGAGCUGGGGAAUCCGUUUUAUCACCCAGCAAGAGGCGGAAGAUUUUGUUUCCAAUCUAUGCGAAGAGCUGGAGCGGCGUCUGCUGAAUGAACAAGUCAAAGGUCGUCAUCUUACUGUCAAAAUUAUGCGCCGUUCGAUGGAUGCGCCACUGGAUCCUGCCAAACAUCUCGGCCACGGAAAGUGCGAUACAUUCAACAAGAGCGUUCCGUUUGGAGUUGGCACACACAACGCAGAGGUCAUCGCUAAGGAGGCCAUAGCGGUCUUACGGUCGUACAGGUUCAGUCCUGGUGACUUGCGUGGACUUGGUGUUCAAAUGACCAAACUUGAGCCAAUCAAGCAAGGCAUCGCAGCAUGCGAUGGCAGCCAGAAGAGGCUGGAAUUUACCACCUUUGUGAAUCUCGGAUCGGCCAAGAAGAAGAGCGAGUCUAAGCCGACUGACGACGCUGACUCUCACAAACGGCCCAAGUUUAUGGAGAGAUCAGGUUCCCUAGAUGAUCCCAUUGCAGACGAUCCUCUGACGCCAAGGAAACCAAAAGUGCACCUUGCCGUGGCGUUGGCUAAAGCAAGAGAGGAUGACACAAAGGCAAAGACCCCUCUCAAUAUCGGAGGCACUCAGUUUCUAAUCCCCAGUAAUAUCGAUCCUGCUGUCGUUGCCGAAUUACCUAGCGAUAUUCGCAGUAAGCUGCUGGCGCAGAAAUCCAGAUCUUCCACUCCAAGCGCGGACCUGCAGCCAAAGUCUCGAUCGGAAAGUCCAGCAGUCGCGGACUUUUUGCCUUCGCAGGUGGAUGCGGAAGUGUUCAACGCACUUCCAGAAGACAUGAAGGCGGAGGUCCUGGCGCAAUACGGCCGUAAGCCACCAGCCCGUGUGUCUCCCAAAAAGAAUGCGCAAGGACAGAGAAAUCCAUCGACCCCUACAAAGCGAGGUGGAACCAAAGGAAUGAUGGGCAAAGCGCAGAGAGAGCGAGACGCCAGAGCAGGCGUGGUUCAGACAAACUUUGUGACAGCGCAACCUAUCGGAGAUGGGUUCACGGAUGAUUUGGAAGAUUUGGAUCCCGAGUUUCUGGCCGAGUUGCCCGAAGACGUGCGCAAGGAAGUCUUGGCGGACCACAGACGCCAGAAGCUUGCCCAGCGAUCCGGCCUCGACGCGCCAGCACGACGUCCAGCGCAUGCAGAAGCAGCGGGCAACGGAUUAUUGCCCGGUCGUCAACGUCGGAUCGAGUUUCCUGCACCCCCACCUAAAGUCAACUUCUCCAGCUCGGGCGUGAGCUCGAUGGCAGAGAUGAAGGACCUUCUUGAUGCCUGGCACACGGAGACGCGCCGUGACGGCCCGCACCGGGGUGACGUGGAUGUCUUUGAAAAGUACAUUGCGCGUGUGGUGGGCGAGGAGCGCGACAUGGAAAAGGCGACGACGUUGGUCAAGUGGCUAGACGUGUUGGUGGAACAAGACGGUGAUGGCGGCGGCGGGAGAGAUGCGUGGAGGAAGACCGUGGAAGGGGUCAAGACUGCGCUGCAAGAGGCGCUGAAGAAGCGCGGUUUAGGACCUGCGUGA